CCCCCUCUUGCUCCUUCCAUCAUCAAUAACGCUUUAAAUAUUUUUUUUCCCCUUUCGUAGCGACGCCUAUUUGUUUCGGACUUCUAGUAUUUUAUAACGCAUAAUCGAUCUUUGGCUCUGGUUUUUUUGGUUCUUUCGCUGAUUAAAGAUUUUAAUUGGGUUUUUUUUGGUGGAUUUUUUAUUUAUUAAAAGUGUAAACUUCUCUGGGUAUUGAAUAUUAAUGGAGGAGCAAUUCAUCCUCAGAGUUCCCCCUUCUGUUGCUGAGAGAAUUGAACGUCUUUUGAACGAAGAUCCUUCUUCUGGGGAAGACAAGUCUCUAGAUUUAUCUUUUUCUGAGAAUGGGAGGAGUGGAACUUUUGUUAUAGGCGAUGAUCAUUUCCCAGUAUCUCUAUUAGAUCUUCCUUCUGUUGUGGAAUCAUACAAAACCUAUGAUGACAGUGCUCUGGUUAAAACUGCAGACAUUGGUCAGAUGAUUGUGGUUAGAGAACCAGGUGAUUCUGCUCCAGAUGUGGUCGAGUAUAGACAUGGUAUCACCCCACCUAUGAGGGAUGCUCGAAAACGUAGAUUCCGGAGGGAGCCUGACCUAAAUCCUGAGCUUGUACAGCGUGUUGAGAAAGAUUUGUUGAACAUCAUGAGCGGUGGAACAAUCGAAAAUGCAGAUCCUGAAGUGAAUGAGAAAGAGGGAGAUGCUGAUGGAAAUGCUCGUAAUGCAAACAAGAAAGUUGCACCUAUUCCUGCACCAAAGGAGGCUGAUGUUGCUGAGGCUGAAGCUAACACUGGGGUGCCUGAAAGAAGUGACUCUGAGGAGUCUGAUGAUUCUAUGUAAAUUUACAUCUCAUUCUGGAAUUCAAUAGGGUAUCAUAUGCACAACAAAUGAAUUCAUCGCAGAUUCUGUUGUGCAGUUCCUGCUUGUUUCUUGUAUCUGUUGUAUUUAAUGACAUCACGUAACUUUUGAAAAAGACUGUAUUUGUUUAUCUUUAAUAAUAGCCAUCUUAUAAUUUUGAUGAA